AUGUCUACGUCAAAGUUAUCAAGCGAAACACCACCAAUAAUUCCUUCCACUCCUAAUAAUAUCUCUCUAAACACACCAACCACGCCACAUGUUACUUUCAAUGAUGACAAAGCCGAAAAACGACGUCGACGCGAAUCUUUAUUGCAACGAAAGAAACUUUUAACCCCAAAGCGGUCAGCUGGAAGCCAACCCUCCUCUUCUAAUUCGAUGUUAUACCCUCAUUAUCUUUCGAUUUCUCCAAUGCCAAAAAUAUCAAUGGAGCAAAUGCAUGUCAAUUUCGAGGAAUGGUUGAAAAUGGCCACGGAUAAUAAAAUCAAUGCACAUAAUAGUUGGAAACUUGAGUUAAUUGAUUAUUUUUAUGAAAUGAGUAUAUUGAGAGAAGGAGACUCGAUUAAUUUUCAAAAAGCUUCGUGCACCUUGGAUGGUUGUGUAAAGAUUUAUACAUCACGUGUUGAUUCGGUCGCUACAGAAACUGGGAAGUUGUUAAGUGGUUUAACUCAGAAUAAUGUAACCUUUAAAGAUGAAAAUGACGACGACGAAGAUAUUGAGAAUGACGAAUUCGAUAAGCCAAGAUAUCGAGCUCGUCGUUCUUCUUACAAAAGAUCAUCGAUAUUAGAAUCUACUCUAGUUAAAGAAUUUUCUACAUUGAAGUUGAAGAAAUAUGAAUUGGAAUUUUCCGUUGAUCCUUUAUUCAAGAAAACUUGCGCAGAUUUUGACGAAGGGGGCGCUAGAGGGUUGUUACUUAAUCAUUUAUCUAUAAAUUCUGAUGGACAAAUUAUUCUUGAUUCUGGCGAUUCUGUUGCUGACUUGGAUAAAUCAAAGAAUAUUGACGAUAAUGAAGAAAUCAAUAAAGAUAAAAAUCGAGAAGAGAAAAUGAAUUUGUCCAAACUUCGUGCUGAAUAUCGUGAAAAUCUCUUACAAAUAUUUGAUAAAGACAUUUGUAUGUCAUUAAAAGACUUCGAAUUUCCAAUAAUAGAAGAAGCCGAAACUAAAUUAAAUACACGACAAAGCGACAUUAACAAUGAAAAAAUUUAUAACAACGAAUGUAUUGACGUGUUAAAAGAUAAUGAAGUUGAACUUGAAAAUAAUUAUAAUAAAGCAGAAACAAAUAAAUUCUAUGAAUAUACAGAGAGCGGUGUUUAUUCUCAAGAUUAUGACGUUCUCGAAGACGAUAUUCCAGAACAUGCUACUAGUCCAAAAAAUCCAAUUUCCGAUUAUUUUUCAUAUUUUGACGCGUCGGUUUCUCGUAGUUGGAUGGGACCAGAACAUUGGCAAAUUAGACGUUUAAAUAAUAAAGGAAAACAAUCUGUAAAACAAAUAUCAAAAAUAAAAUCGAGACGGGGAAAACAACAGGAAGAAUCAUUUAUUGACUUUAAAGAUAAAAAUGAUAUUGAAGAGCAUGUUUUAUUUUCUAAAAGUGCUGGUUCCUCCACCGCCAUAAAUCUCCCUAGGCAUGAAGAUGCUAAUAACAACCAUUUGCUUCCCGAUGAUAUGCAAAUUACUUCUCAACGUCUGUUGCAGUUAUUCAAUAAGCGGAAAUAUAAGCUGACGAAUAGAAUGCAAUAUGAUGACGGACAUCCAGAGGAUUUAUUGUUAUUAAAAGAUAAUAACGAAACAAAAAAUUUCUGCGAAAAAGAGGAUGAAAUGGAAAUAGGAAUAAUGAACGAAUAUAAUAUAGAAGAAAUUGGAGGAAGGAAUGGUUAUGAUCGAGAAAGCGAUGACGAAAAUUUUUCUCCUCCUCCAAAAACAAAAAUUAACGAUAAAUCAGCAACAAGAACCAUCAAGUUUGCUAAAUACGCGAAUAAAGUCGAUGUUCGAAAGUUAAAAGAAAAUCUUUGGAAAGUCAUGACAACAAUAAAUGAUCAGAAUUUUAGCGUAAACAGCGUUAAUGCACAGCAGAUCGAAGGAGAAAAGAAAUUCACUGAUAUAAUGAACGAUCUAAAACUAUUAUAUCCAGCACGGAUGCUCAAAGAUAUCUCGACGUCGUUUUGUUUCGAUGUUUACAUCAUGAAACAUCAUGAAGUGAUAGAGAUAGAUCUUUUGUCAAACAAUGAUAACAAUAAUGAUGCAUUUAGUCUAAUUUGUUAUAAUUUGCUAUGA